AUGAAUCCCCAGGGAUUCUCUUUCCCGCCGCCGCCGCCGCCGCCUCCCUCUCGGCAGCAAACGCAGCAGCAACCAUAUAAUCAGCAACAUGCGGCUUAUCCUUCACAAUACGGACAGAACCAGUAUGGCCAACGAGGUGGCCGGGGCGGUGGAGGUAACCACAGAGGUCGCGGAAGAGGAUAUGGGAAUAGAGGGGGGGGAGGGGGAGGUCGCGGCGGACAUUACAUGCCUGUCUCGACGAACAUGCCCUCUGUUGGCUACGCUCCGAUGAACUAUGCGGGUUUCGCUUCCCAACCGGUGGCGGCUACCCAGCAGCCUAUGCCAACGCCGCAGUUUACCCCGGCACAGUCUCAAAACUUCCAGAAUCAUCACAAUGCCCCCGCUUUCCCCUCUCAGCAGCCGUAUUCGCAGCCUCAUGCGGCUCACGGCUCAUCCUACCAACGUCGCCCGAGCUACGAUGCAGCCUACGCUCCCUCGACUACUCAAUCCGCGCCUAUGUAUCCCCCCGUGAUGCCUACCCCCCAACAUACCGCAGCCUCGGCACCGCCGCCAAUGAUGGGUCCCCCCAUGCGCUGGGGCUUCGAAAAUGCAGGAUCUCCCGCCGGGGGGUACCCGGCGCCUCAUCACGGCAACCAGCGAGGAGGGCGCUCGUUCAACACCUAUAACAAUAAUCAUAAUAAUCACCAGGCCCCUCAAGGCUCUGGGCCACCCCACCAUCCAAACAAGCGUGACCAUAACUCAGCUUUCGGAAAACCUCGGUCAACGGGCCCGCGGGUGCCUGCGCCGCCUCCCGUGCCAAGUUUCGGUAACCCUUUGCCGUCGAAACCACCUCCGCCAGUGGAUAAUAGCAAGAAGCCGAAGAAGAAAAAGAGAAAGCACAACCAAUUGGGCUUGACGCCGAAGACCGACGAACAUGAGUCUAGCGAGGAGGAAGAUGAUGUGGAUGAGGAGGCGAGGUUAGCACCCGCCGGGGCCGGAGCCGUGGCGCCAUUGCAAUUUACCUAUAAAGGUCGCACGGCUACGCUACAAACACCUGCAGAAAUCGCGGCUUGGAUUGCGGAACGAAAGAAGCGGUUCCCGACUCAAUCGAGAGUUGAAGAGAAAAAGAAGGCCUUGGAGGAGGCAAAGAAAGCACGGGAUGAGGCCCUGCGGCAGAAGGAGUCGCGGAAACAAGAAUCCAAGCGGCCCCAAAAAGACGCUCGCAGUCAGAAGGAACAGUCUACAAGUUCCGCCGAUCCGGUUGAUGCAGCAGCGAAGGCGAAACAGAAGGCCGACAAACUACGGCGCAAGCUCAUGAAAGAACAAAAACGAGUGGAAAAGGCGGAGGCCGACGCCGAGCGGGCUCGGAUGAAAGUUGAGCAACUACAGAAAGGAACAACAGGUGCUAGCGGGGAAGCAGGAUCAUCCCUCCAACAGGCUCAAGGCAAUACCGACACGGCUCAGGACACGGCACCGGAUCUUCCAGCCAUUCCUUCUGAGCAUAGUGAGGUCCCCGAUAAAGAUCCCGAAACGGUCGAGGGUGCUAGCACUCUCGGUGUUUCGAACACGACUCAAAGCCAGACAGAGUUAUCAGAAUCUGUCAAGUCGGUUUCCGAUGCCUCUGAUAGCAGCGACUGGACGUCAUCGAGUGGAUCAGAAUCUUCUGACUCCGAUUCCGACGACAGUGAUGAUGACGAUGACUCGGCCCCCGAAGAAAUAUCUUCGCGGCGCGAAGGGCCUGAGCGAGUGCCUCCGCCGCCCCGCGAAGUGAAGAGGAAGAUCUGUCGGCACUUUGCCCGCAACGGACGCUGCCUACGCGGGGAUCAGUGCAAAUUUCUACACGAGGCGCCCCAACGCCCAGCCAAGGCGAAGCCUGUGGAGAAAAAGGGACGCAAAGGAUUGCUGCAAGCUCUUCUCGGCCGCCAAAAAGAGGAGGAUGAUCGAAAAGUCAUGGAGGCAAUCAUGUGGUUGGGUGAGAAUGGCCAUCUAGAAGCUCCACGGGCUUCAGAAAACCCUGUACAGAAGACGGACGAAGGGGAUGCCGCUGAAGAUGUCACUCAGAAAACAGGUGUAUCGGGUGCACCAGUGCCAGAGGAGGCGAUAGAUGGCAGUGCAUCCACUGCUUAG